AUGUCGGUUUCUAUUGAUCAAAUAUUUCACACUGGCUUGCUAGAUUUACCUUGCCAUCGUUUGCUUGAAGUACAGUGUCUAAAGUUGAAAAAACCUCUCAUCUGCUUAAGUCCAGUUGCGAAAAUGCAUAUUGUUAAUUAUACUUUAAAUAUAGUAAAAAGUCUUUGUGAUGCUACUGCUCCCAGUUGUAUUGGUGAUAUUAUACAAUGCAUAGAUUACUGUUUUCCGGAGAAACUUAAACCUUCUCCUCAAUUUCUGGAUGAGAUUCAAUCUCAGGUUGAGAAAGGAAAAAGAAAAACAUUGUAUAUUUCUGCUGAUAAAGUUUUUUCCUGCUUCAAGUUGGUGUUUCCACGCAUGGAAUCAAAUGUGUCCUUGUUCCUGACACAUCUGAUGGAACAUAUUAUGGGACAAAUCGUUCAGUGGGUUGUAAGUUACGAGUCGAAAAUUCAGUCAGGAUAUAUUGAGGCUACAGAUGUUCAUCAUAUCUUCAGUUUAUUUGGAGCACCAAAACUAUCAAAAUCACCAGUUUGUUAUUCCCUCCCGUUCCUACCUAGAAAGUCUUCAGAUUAUAAAGAUUAUGCAAAAGAAAUUCAAUAUUUAUUACGAUUCAGUGUCCAGCACCUUGGAAUAAUUGUACGCAUUUUUGGUGACUCACUUAUGGAAGAGUUAUCGCAUGUCCGCAUUGUUACAGAGUCACUUCUUACUGAAUGUGAAGAUACCCGUAAUAUUAACCUGACGGCUCGACGUUUACUAGGUGCUAUUAAAUCUGCUCAGAUUGUUUUUGAUCGUGCUUCAGAAGUGCAUAGUCAUGUAACUGUGCUAAGUGAGUGUAUCGACGAUGCUUUUGAGGACCAAACUCGUCUCAUCGGCUCAUGUUUGAUAGAAGCUGCAGAAGACGGAACAUUGUACAACUUUGCUCACUACGCGGAUACACUUUUAAGUAAUGAUUGCCGUGAGUGGAUAAGUAUUUUAGCUCAAACACCUUGUAUUAUGCGGACACUUGCAAAUGAAUUUCAGAAGAUCCUACAAGUCACUCUUAGCAAUGCAUCUAGUCGUCGCCAAGCUGAGAUAAAAUUACGUUUUUCUGAUCCACAUUCAUGUCAAUUAUGUACCACAAGUUUUGGUUAUGAUCCAAUUGGACUGACAUCUUCCGGACCAUCUUCAGGUUCAUGUUGUGUUUUAACCCAUCACUCUGACAGUCCACAAUCUUACUGGUCGAAUAUGUUAUCUGGACAUACUAACUAUAGUGGUACAAGUACAAGUGUUAGCAGUGCAAGUGGUUCAGUUGACCGUGUUACUACUAUGCCUGUACCUUUCAGUCCUAUUUUUACAAGCCAUGGAUUUAAUCAUUCUUCAUCUUUCACAUCAUUUACAAAUCCACGACAACCUAAGGCAACAGAUCAUUUUCUGUAUAGUAAUAUGAAACAUAUAUCUGGUCAACGAUCAGUUAGCAAUUCGCCAUCAUCUCUUCAACCAUUUCACAAAUCUAUACUGGAAUCUACAAAUCAAGACAUCAAUCACGGUCACACUACGGAAGUAACUGGUUUAUCAACAUCAUCUUCAUCAUCUGCAGUCAAUGAUGACAGCAUAAAAACUAAUCCUGAUAAUGAGUCAUCUAGUGUGCAUGAAAAAGGUUUCUCAGAUGAUACUGAUAACUGUUCUUCAGAACCUGGCUCAUUCAAAGAAAAUCAAGCACAAUUAAUGGAACUUUUUAAUUUUAGUAGUGACAUGACUAGCAUCUUACCAACUUGUAAUCAUAUGGUAAUCGCUUUUCGUUAUCUUCUACCUCAACUUCUGCUUCUACCAAAUUUCCAAUUGUUGUACCUGGCAGAUCAUAUUGAGGCUCUAUGUACUCAUGCUACUGAAGAAAAUGAACAAUCGACUCUCAAAGAUGUAAUAUCUCUGCUUUCGAAAACCCGGUCCACUGUAUCCAAUGCAUUAUUUAAUCAAGACUGGUGA